AUGGCUCCUGCGAGAUCAAAGAAGCGAGGCUCUGACCAGUCUACUGCCUCGACGAGGCAGCGCGGCGUCAAGGUGCCCGUCAAAGAAGAGCCGACCACACCCACAGAGCGCAGCCCUAUCAAGAAGAGACAGGCUGGCAUCACGUUGCACCAAAAACAGACCUUGAUUGAGAACUUGCAACUAGAGGUUACCGAGAGAGCGAGACGACUGCGCGCGCAAUACAACCUCCAAGCCCAAGGCCUUCGAUCACGAAUAGAGAUCCGCGUCAACCGGAUUCCAACCGCGUUGCGAAAAAUGAAGAUGGAAGACUUGCUUCUCAAGUAUCUUCAUCAGGAGCAAGCAGCUAUGCGGCCUCCUGUGCCGGCCAAGGACGGUCCAGUGUCGCGUAGCACCGCUCAGAAACACAGCUCGCGUCCGAAUACUGCUCGCAGCAACAAGCGUCUUAGCACCGAAAUUUCCGGCGGAGACAAGGAAAACGAAAUCGAUGGUGAAGCGAUGAAGAAGCGCGUUCGCGCGGCCAUGCAGGACAACUCGGUCCGCCCAACACAGGUCUUAUCGCCGACAUCAUCCAACUCUCGGCUCGCCCACCGCGAGAUUCCCACGUCGCCCACCAAGUCGUACCUCAGCCGACCCGGUUCGCCCCUGAAGGCUGGAGGCGCGCGCUCUGCCGCUUCGGCCACGACGAUGCUGUCCAACAUGGUGGAAAAGGCCAAGGCCGCACGCGCUGCCGGCUCCAGAAAGGUCACCACGUCGUCGUCUACCGCCAGCUCACGAGGCGCUGCCCCUGCGCCCGCCAGCGCGGCCAAGACGCGACGUGCUGCGCCGGCGAAGCAGCAGCCUGCCCGCCCAGCGACCCGCACGGGGCGCCGCAUCAGUGCUCACAGCGAGACGAGCGAGGCUAGCAAUGGUACCGUGGUGCGCAAACCGGUCGCGUCCAAGGCCAGCACGGCGACCACGAAGAAAUCAGUCAUGGGCAGCAUUCGUAAAGGCGUAGCCAACAGCAGAGCCACGGCACCCACAACGAGCAGCUCUGGACGAGUUCUUCGCAAGCGCACGUGA